UUCCUUAAUAACCAACAAUGAUUUAACUUUAUAGGAAAAUCAGGAAAGUGCCAAUACGACAGAAUCCAAGGAAGAAAAGUCUGAGAGCAGUCAAGAAGAACCAGAAUUAAAGGCAGAGAAGAGGAAAGACAUCAUGUCUUCCUCUUCAGAGAGCAGUGAGUGCAUUGGCUGGACUGGCAAUGUCGGUUUGAAAAGAGACAGCGAUAGGAAAGAGAUAGAAAAAGACUAUAAAAAGUUAUAUCACCAAAUGAAAGACGAAAAUAAAACUCUAAAAGAUAGAUUAAAGAAAGUAGAAGUAGAAUUAGAUAAUACAAAACAGCAGUUACAAAAAGCACUACAGAAUAACAGCAGGAAUUCUUUAAGUGACGCAGAAAAAAGGUGUCAAUUAUUUAAUAUACAGAUUUUAAAAUCUGUCAAGAAUGAUGGGAAAUACCAAGAUAGAUAUCUACUCCCAGGUUAAGUUAUAUCAGAAGAGUGUAUGGUUCUCAGUGACGCAUUUUAACAUUUUAACAAAAGUAUAAUAAAAAUCAUAGAAAAGCAAGAGUAGGAAGCUUUAAAUUGUGUAUAUCUACCAGUGACUUCUCUGUUUUGUUUUUUAGGUGCAUCGUAGUAUUACUUCAAUAAUUUGAAAUUCGUGAACAUGUUGUAGGCGAGUCACGUAUAUUUCUUUUUAACAGCAUAUACAUAUUAUUACUAGAAAUUGAAUGAUUUGAGUGUUAAGAGUAUAUUUUAUCUUAUAUUUAGAUCGUUAAGUUGAAAAAUGUUCUAAAAUUCUUAUUGAAUUACGAAGAAUCCAAGUAACUUCAUUUCACAAAUUGCAAAUCUUUCUAAAAUAAAAGAAAAAAUCAGCACAAAAG